UAGAUCACCCUCCAUCUUUGAACUCUUCCUGUGAUUGGCUUGUGUUCUCGCCGCCAUCCUCACUGCCAGUCACUGUUGCCACGGAAACACACCAUCAGUUUUAUGUAACAGUACCAAGGAGUGGUUACCACGGCAAUGUUUUGUGUUCCUUCAUUUCCUGCACUGAUCACUGUGUGCGUGCGUGUGUGUGCGUCCACAGACCUGCGGCGCAUCACGGCAGGCUUCCUGGGCAUGGCGGCGGCCGUCCUGCUGUGCGGGAGCAUUGUGGCGUCGGUGGGCUUCUUCUGGGAGGAGAGCCUGACGCAGCACGUCUCUGGGCUGCUCUUCCUCAUGGCAGGGAUCUUCUGCACCAUCUCCCUGUGCACGUAUGCAGCCAGCGUGACCUACGACCUCUCCAGAAACCCGCCCUUCAUCUACGGCCUGCCGGCUGACGUGGAUCACGGUUACGGCUGGUCCAUCUGCUGCGCCUGGGCCAGUCUGGGUCUCACUGUAGCGUCCGGCUGCCUCGGCACCACCUUCCCCUUCCUGAGCCGGGCCGGGGGACUGCGGUCCAAAACCGCCCACGAGUCCUCCGUCUGAGGCGAGGAAGAGGACGAUUCUCAGACAACAAAAGGUGUAUUUUUGGCCGGUUCCAUAAUGGGAGGGGCCUCGGACUGCAGACGGAGCUGCGCACCUGUUCGUGCUCCUGAUUUGGACCCAGCUCAGGUCACCGCAGCGUACACUCUGAGCCUCGCCCGGUUCCUGUGAUCCAUCUCUGCAGUGGUGUGGCCAAAGGUACCAUCAGUGAUCAAGUUAAUAAAAUAAAUUAGCUGUUGGUCAAUCAGGUGAGUCGUCUGUACUUACCUGACAUCAAACAUGUAAAGCCCAGAGUCAGACAGGUGGCCAGGUCUGUCAGUCAGCUCUGACUCACUGUUUUCUUUCUGCCGUGCCAUCGUCCAAUCAGAAGCUUCAUCGGUGUGAAGGUCACCUGAACUGAGGCAGGUCACAAAGCUGCUGCAGCUGGGUCCCCAUCAGGAGCAAUAACAGGAAACACACACACACACACACACAGGUGUGCGCUGGGAUCCAAACCUGCUGCAGGUGUGAUCUUCAUGGAGCCUUCCCAUGCGGAUGUUUCGGAGCGCUGCGCUCCGAUCAGUCAGUUGGGCGGAGCUUCAGGUGCACGCGAGCGCUCUGAGCUCAGGUGAGUGUUAUCCAGUCAUGCGGGGUUCACACGUUGCUUAGGCAUUUGAUGGGUGUGGCCUUCUUAGUGACGACAGCCAAUUACAGACAAGCAAAGCUAAUUGUUCUUGCUCGGCUUGGAUCCACAAGCCAGUUCAAAACGUGACAGGUGUGAGUCCCGCCUGAUGGAUCAGAGUCUGAGCUGCAGAGCGCCACGUGACCAGGUGGCGUGCUGCAGGUUUGGAUGGCGGCGGCCGCUCACAGAUGUGUAUAUAAAUGUGCUUUCAGCUGCGAGCUGAGCCACAGACUGAACCCUUUACUCUGCGACGCCGAGCAGGUGCUGCUCGCCAGAUGAUCCAGGUAUCAGUGCUGCCGCCCUGUUAUCAAACAAAGGAGUUGACCUUUAACCUCUGACACCGACUCCUCUGUAAACAGGGUAUGACACCAUUUAUGUUUAAGCUUUUUCAGGUAUCAGCCUCUGAGACUGCAUCAGCCUAUCGGAAGCCCCGAUGCCUUCUCGUGACCCCCCUGUGCGAGCAGAAUCGGACGUUUGAAGUUCAGGCUCUGAGCUUUCAAAAACAUCUGGAAUUACAAACAUUCAUCCACCAGCUGCAGACACCAAACUGAGAAUGUCCACAGCCUCCUUCCAUCAUCAGGAGGAGGGCUCUGAUGAUCAGCGAGGAGGAGGAGUUUCAGGGGGGCGGACCCAUCGAGGUCUUUAGGCUCCUGAGGGAGAAUGACGGUGGAUGAAAUGUUUGUGUGCGGCUCAAAGUCAGAGCUUUAUUUAAUUUCAAGCCGACACGCAGAGUGAAACGGUGACACCAUCACUAUCGACCUUUAACCUGUAGAAUCCACACUGAAAGCCCCCAUGUUCCUCCUGAUGCCCCAUCAUAGCUCCACUGUCCCCUCAUGGAACCUUUGCUGCCCCCUGCUGGACACAGCUGUAAAUACAUGGUGUAAACAUGAUGGGACUCGUCACCUGUAGCUGCUCCUGUGGAAGAUCUGUCAGCAUUUGUUGGAUGUAUUUAUAUCUGAGAAUUAAAUAUUUGUUAAAUGUG